UUGUUGUCAAAUAAGCAAAGAAACAAAAACACAGACUUUUCCACAAGUAAUAAUCACACAAACCCAAUUACACUCUACACAACAAUGGGAAAAUCUAGUUCUUUAGUUCAUUCUUCUACAACUUUUCUUCUUUUGCUUCUUUUUGUUAAUGUCUAUGUUUCAGAAGCAUCCCCAACACCAGAAUCAGUGUACACCUCAUUUCUUGACUGUUUAACAAACCACACAAACCCUUCUGACCAAUUCUCCAACAUACUCUUUUCUCAAACAAACUCUUCUUUCUCUUCUAUUCUCCAAGCCUAUAUUCGUAAUGCUAGAUUAAACAAAACUUCAACCCCAAAACCCUUACUAAUCAUAACUCCUAUGCAACAAUCCCAUGUCCAAAGUACCAUACUUUGUGCCAAAACCAUUCAAAUUCAACUCAAAAUAAGAAGUGGUGGCCAUGACUUUGAGGGUAUCUCAUAUGUCUCUAAUCAUCAACCCUUCAUUAUUCUUGACAUGUUCAAUUUUAAGAACAUCACUGUUGAUAUACAAAACGAAGUUGCUGUAGUUCAAUCUGGUGCAAUUCUUGGUGAGGUUUAUUAUAGGAUAUGGGAGAAGAGUAAAGUUCAUGGCUUUCCUGCUGGGGUUUGUCCUACUGUUGGUGUUGGUGGUCACUUGAGUGGUGGAGGGUAUGGUAACAUGAUGAGAAAAUUUGGGUUGUCUAUUGAUAAUGUUGUUGAUGCUGAAAUUGUUGAUGUUAAUGGUAGGGUUCUUGAUAGGAAAUCAAUGGGGGAAGAUCUUUUUUGGGCUAUUAGAGGUGGUGGAGGAGCAAGUUUUGGAGUUAUUUUAUCAUACAGUAUUAAGUUGGUUCAAGUACCUGAAGUUGUUACUGUUUUUCGGGCUGCGAGUAGUUUGGAUCAGAAUGCCACUGAGGUUGUGUUGCAGUGGCAACAAGUUGCGCCGCAGACUGAUGAUAGGCUUUUCAUGAGGUUGCUGAUUCAGCCUGUGAGUUCUAAGGUUGUCAAAGGGGAGAUAACUGUUAGAGUCACCAUUGUGGCUAUGUUUCUUGGUGGUGCUGAUGAACUUGUUGCAAUAUUGGGGAAGGAGUUUCCUUCUCUUGGUUUGAAGAAAGAAAAUUGUUCUGAAAUGAGUUGGAUUGGUUCUGUGCUUUGGUGGGCUAGUUUAGGGAAUGGUUCAAAACCGGAAGCGCUUCUUGACAGGAAUGUUGAUUCGGCGAAAUUUCUCAAGAGGAAAUCUGAUUAUGUAGAGAAUCCAAUUUCAAAAGAUGGUUUGGAAGGUAUAUGGAAGAAUGUGAUUGAAUUAGGAAAAGUUGGAUUAGUUUUCAAUCCUUACGGUGGAAUAAUGAACACGGUAGCAUCCGAUGCUACUGCAUUUCCUUACCGUGCAGGGAAUCUUUUCAAGAUUCAGUAUUCGGUGAAUUGGGAGGAACCUGGAAUUGAUAUAGAGAACAAUUUUACAAAUCAGGCUAGAACAUUAUAUAGUUACAUGACACCUUUUGUUUCCAAUAGUCCAAGAAGAUCCUUCUUAAAUUAUAGGGACCUUGAUAUUGGUACUAAUGAUUUUGGAAAUAAUAGCUAUGAACAAGGGAGUGUUUAUGGAAUGAAGUAUUUCAAUAACAACUUUGAGAGGUUGGUAAAGAUCAAAACAGAAGUUGAUCCAGAAAAUUUCUUCAGGAAUGAACAAAGUAUUCCAACUCACCAUGUGAUUGUAGGUUUGGACUCCAAUGCCACCGGUACAGGUACCUCUGGUGCUGACAAAUUGUUACUUUCCAGCACGUAUAGGAAACUUAUCGUAAAUGUGGUACUAGAAAUCAAUGGGAGAAGAUCUUUUUUGGGCUAUUAGAGGUGGCGGAGGAGCAAGUUUUGGAGUUAUCAUAUCAUACAGUAUUAAGUUGGUUCAAGUACCUGAAGUAGUUACUGUUUUUCGUGCUGCGAAUACUGUGGAUCAGAAUGGCACUGAAAUAGUGUUGCAGUGGCAACAA